AUGCGAUGGUGUUCUCGUAGGACGACGGUGGGGUACGGCGAUAUUACUAGCGCGAGCGAUCUCGAGCGGUGUUUUUCUAUUGUGGGGAUGAUUAUCGGCGCGACGGUGUUUGGGUACAUCAUCGGAAACGUGGCCGCCAUCAUGGAGAAUUUCAACGUCACCGACGCCAUCGAAAACGGCAAGAUGAACCAGAUCAAGGAAUGGCUCUACGACAGAAAGUUUCCUCCAGCGCUGGCGGACAAGAUCCGCCGUCAGUACCGCUACAUCUUCACGGAGGUGGGAGUCUUCGACAACUCGGAGAUCGUGGACGUCAUGCCGGGCGUCAUGUCGACUUCCCUGCUCUACGCCCAGCACCGAGCGGUGGCAAAGGGGGUCGGGUUUCUAAGGCAACGCCCGCCGGUUUUGGUCGGCCGGCUGUUACGGAAGAUGGUGCCGUGCUUCGCCAACUGCGGCGACGUGCUCUACCUCGAGCACGAGGUAGGAGGGCACUGGUAUUUCCUUCGUGCGGGUACCAUUUCGUUCUACGUGUCUAUGUCUCCGCUGGAGACGCAGUCCGAGGUGCUGCUGAUGCGAAGCUUGUCGGACGAUGGACACUUUGGUCUGACCCCCGUACUGCUUAACGUGCUCAACAGUGAGACGGCCACGGCCACGGCGGCCGCAGAGCUGCUGACCAUCCGGAAGGUCGACCUUAUCGAUAUCCUGCAGCACUGGCCGGAGGUAAUGGCGGAACUGACGAUCGAAGCGGAACGCCUCUUCAAGGAAGUUAAGGCGGAAGCGGUGGGCGAUGUUAGUACUGAUGACAGCAGUAGUGGAGAGUUGGAGCGAGAGGGACGACGAGAAGCUGAAGGAAGUGGGGGAGAAGGCUCGAAGGGUGGAGGCGGCGAAGAAGACGAAGAGCGUCGGGUGGCAAGAAAAGCUGAGGCGGCCGCAAUGGCGGGCAAGGGGAUAGGAUUCGACGAGUCGCUCAGGAUACCCGGGGUGGCUGGGGCCGAGGAAGCUGCUGGAGUAUUACACGCCGCGGCAACGACGGCGGCAGCUACGACGGCAGUAGCACCAACAGUGGGAGUGGCAGCAGGCACCACGAACCCGGUUGAGGCUGCACGCGGGCGGGCAGCAAAGAAGCUACGUCCGCCACCAAUCGUGACCAAGGACGCCCCCCUCAUAUCCCUCGAUUUAUCGUCCGAAAAGACCCAAGACGACGACCACAACAAGAAUAGCAAUGUUGCCGGUGAUGGCAACGACAUGUCAGCGGACCCGGAACACAUGCGAAGGUGCUUCGUCGCCAAGACUUUCUCUCCGAGCGACCUCGGACUUGGGGUCUCCGCGGACGGAGCCUCUACCCCCGAGGCGGUGACAAAGGCGUCUCUUAUGAAGGCCCAGCGCAGGCGACGGACCAUCAACAAAGGAAUAACCGAAAUCGAUGGCCGAAAGCAGUCUGUGGACGAGGUCUUGGGUUUGAGUGAUGCCCUGCUUGGGAGCAUACCCCCUGAACGCCUCUUCUCGAUAACCGGAAUGUUUCACCCCGAGGCGCCUAUCAAGCUGUGGGUAAAAAUGGCGCUGUUUAGUCCGCGGGCUCGCCCGGACAGGAAGGUCGCGGACGAGAUUGUUUGA